ACAGCUCGUGGUUUCCUUUUGGCAGAAUGAGUGGGGCUGCGUUCCCGUCACCAGCUGCUGAGAUGGCAGAAAUCAAUCGCCUUCAGUAUGAGAUGGAGUACACCGAAGGGAUCAGUCAGCGCAUGAGGGUCCCAGAGAAACUCAAAGUGGCUCCUCAGAAUGCUGACCUUGAGAAGAGCGUCCCAGAAGGAUUUCCAAAUGCCAGUGUAACUAUGCAGGUUCCAGAGCGGAUUGUAGUGGCAGGUAAUAGUGAAGACAUUCCACUUUCCAGACCUCCAGACCUUGACCUUCUUCAGUCUACUCCAUUCAAACCACUGGCAUUGAAAACUCCUCCCCGUGUUAUUUCUCUCAGUGAUCGACCACUAGAUUUUUUGGACUUAGAAAAACCUCCACAACAGACCCCUCAAAAUGAAGAGGUUCGUUCAGUGGGAAGACUGAAGAGAGAACGUUCCAUGAGUGAAAAUGCCACUCGACAGAAUGGCCAGCUGGCCAGAAAUGAUUCCAUGUGGCACAGAUCAGAUACUGUCCCAAGAAAUAAAAUGCCACGGUUCCAGUCACCUCUUUCGACUAAGGAUUGCACAAAGUGCUGAAACAAUGACUGCUUGGGACUGAAUGUGAAAACUGAUCAGAAAUUUUAAAUGAAAUUGUAUUGAAGACUAAGAACAUUCCUCUACCAAUUGAAAAGAUAAGGGUGUAACUGCAAUUUCUGAUAAGUAGUCUUGUUCACUGUGAGAGAAUUAUUUUUGUGUCAUCUUGGCUGGUUUGUGUAUCAGAUGUUUUCUUAACUAAAUUGCUUUUCCAUGGCUUCUGAUGUAGUCCAAGGGACUACUGCAUGCUUAUAGAUGAGUAAUCUUGAAACAGGAGCACACGGGAAGAAUUCAGCUUCUCCUUUGGCCCCUGCAUCCCGUAUUCACUAACUCUGAGAUUUGAGCCCUUUACUUAAUUAUUCUUGCUUUCAGAAAGGAAGAAAGGUCUCUCCUAAAGUGUGUACUUCAGAAGGAUAACAAAAUUAGCAGUAGUCCUUAUGGAGAAAAUUUGAAUAAUUUAAUGUAGCUGUGCAGUUUAUUUCAUGUCCAGGAGGAAAUAUAUUCAAAUUAAGAAAUGCAUUUUUCUCUAGUAAAAAGAACUCUUGAAUCAAGUAACCUCUUUAAGCUGCCUAUAAACCAAUGACCAUAGAGUAUUUCAGUGAAUUAGGAACUACCUAGUUCUGCAGUCUUCUUUUUUCCUUUCCCCUUACUGUAGACUUUCUACAUGUGACUUUCUUCUAGAGAAUUCUGUGUAGUUUUAGUUCAGUAGUUGUUUGUUUUUUGUUUGUAAUUUUUCAGUAUCUACAUAAUACUCUGCAAAUAACAUUACUAGGGUUAUUUUCAAUAAAAGUAUUCUGGACAGUGUGAAUUCUACAAUAUUUUAUGGCUUUCCAUAUGUUUAUAUGCUGUCACUUUUUUUUAAAGCUCUCAUUCAGCCUAAUAUCUGAGAUGAUGAACAAGGAAAAUUAGCUUUAAUAUAAAGACAUAUUAUAACUUCAAGCCUUGAGCUCUUUUUUCCUUUCCUUCAAGCUGAUAAGUUCAUACAGGAAUAGAAAAUCUCAGGAAUUUACUUCAGUGACAAUAUUUUCCAGCUUCAAGUGAUUUUCUUCUACUGACUAUUGGGAUUUCCAAUGCAAUUGAAGAAAUAAAUUUGUGGCUGUGACCACUACUACUGAUGGCAAAAUAGAAAUCAUCAUAAAUAUGAAAGAGAGAUCAAUUCUACAACUCAUAGAGAAAAAUAAAAUAUAGAAAUAAAUGUUCAUUCUUAUUUUUUUUUUUUUACUUUUGGCUACACUUACUCUGCAGCAACAUGAGAAGGUAUUUGCAUUUUAGCUGAUAAAUAAUGACUAAUAUCAGUCAAGCACCAGCCACUGCUAUCUUUGCAUGUCUCUAGAAGCUUGGGAUGGCUUUAACUGUUCUGUGGUAGAAGUGACAUCUGCGUAACGUGCUUUGAAUCUCUUCUCAAUUAAAUUUUCUUUCUUACUCAGUUUUGUAGUCUUGCUGCCAGCCAGUCACAAAGCAGCUCUAUUCAAAACAAAGCAUUAAAGGGCUGUGACCCACCUAAAAAUUAUCCACAUUUCAAACCUAUUUCCAAUUGCUCAACCACUCAGGCUUUGAUUAAUUUCAUAAAAAUGCUAACAAAAGUGAGAAGAUUGGCAUUCUAACUCUGGUAACUUUGCCACUUCUAUUUUGCAUCAACAGUUCAAGGAGUGUUGAAAUAAGAAUGUUAAUCUUGGAAUAGAAACUAUCCUAAAAUUUAAAGGGUACAGUGAUGCACACUUGUAUGUAUGUGUUAAUGUGAAUGAGAAAGCUAACAAAAGUGACUUCCUCUUUAAAAAAAAAAAAAA